AUGGAGUUGUUUUCUAGAAGGAUGAGUCAUCUUCCCAUCUUGUUCAUUAGUUGUUUCUUUGGUCUUUGUAAAGCCAUAGACUGUGGUGGAAAUAAGGUUACACAAACCCUAAUUGUUGGUAAGUAUGGGCACGACGCAUUCAGGACAAUUCAGGCUGCCAUUGAUUCUGUAAGAAGUAACAAUGAUCAAUGGGUAAAGAUUCACAUAAAAGCAGGCUUGUACCAAGAAAGUGUUGUUAUUCCCAUAAGCAAGCCAUGCAUUAUUUUAGAAGGAGAGGGUACCCCAAAAACAAUCAUUAGUCACUACGACCACCAGUCCAUAAACAAUCAUGCAACAUUACUUUCUUUCCCAGACAAUGUGCUUGCAAGUGGCAUUACUUUCAAGAACUCAUAUAAUGUGCCCACAACAAAAUAUAAAUCUUAUGAUGUGGGAAGCAAAAUCGAACCAGCAAAUGCAGCAAGACUAUUUGGAGAUAAAUAUUUCUUCCAUAACUGUAGUUUUGUAGGUUAUCAAGACACUCUAUAUGAUCAUUCGGGACGUCAUGUCUUUAAAGAUUGUUACAUUCAGGGUUAUGCUGAUUUUAUAUAUGGUAACGGACGAUCUUAUUAUACGAACUGUUUCAUCAAUGUUGUGGGGAGAAUUCCAGAUUUACCAGGAUUUGUGACAGCUAAUGGUAGAGAGUCAGCAGAUGAUCCUAGUGGUUUUGUAUUUGAAGGAGGUUCCAUUGUUGGGAAUUGUAAGGUGAAUUUAGGAAGAGCAUGGCAUCCUUAUUCAAGAGUCAUAUUUAAAAAUACAUAUUUUUCUGACAUUGUAACUCCUCAAGGAUGGGUUGCUUGGUCAGCCGCUGGAAAUGAGAGCAGGACCACUUAUGCUGAAAUUGAUUGUAAGGGACCAGGAGCUAACACUUCGAAGCGUGUUCCAUGGAUGAAGAAACUAAGUUCUUCAGACUUGAAUAAGUUUUCUUUUGCAUCUUUUAUCAAUAGUGAUGGAUGGGUUGACAACUUACAUACAUUAUCUUAA